AUGCGCUCCUCCAUCGCCAUCUCCAUCGCCGCCCUCGCUGGCUCUGCGCUCGCCGCUCCCUCGUACCCGGCCGCUUACCCAGCUGCUUACCCGGCCGACCAGCCUGCUCCCGCUGCCAACCCCAACGUUGAGGUUGUCGUCGAGCACGUAGUCCACACCGUCUACGUCACCGAGGGCUCCCCCGAGGCCACCCCAUGCCCCUCAUCCACUCCUGCUGCUACUCCCGCCCCAGCUGCUACUCCCUCUCCUGAGGCCUACCCAGCUGAGCAGCCCGCUCCCGCUCCCUCCACCUUCUCAUCUGUUGUCUACGUCGAGGCUACUCCCAGCCCCUACCCCGAGGCACCAGUUGAGCCCGAGUCCACCCCUACUCCCACUCCUGCUCCUGCUCCAGAGCCAACUCCUACCCCUACCCCCUCGCCUUCUCCCUCCCCAGCUCCUUCCACUGGAGGCUACAUGGAUGUAGUCGCUGAGUGGCGUGCCAAGCUCGGCCUCAGCGCGCUCGAGUUCUCCGCUGAGCUCGAGUCCAACGCUCUCGAUGUCGUCAUUGAGGGUAACGGUAAAAUGGUGCACAAGCUCAACAAGGGCACCUUUGGCCAGGUCCUCGCCCCCGGCGACGCCGACAAGUUCGAGUACGUCUUCGUCGGUGGAUGGCUCUGCGAGAUGGCCAACCUCCCCGGCCUCGGCGAUGCCUGCGCGCAGUUCUCCAAGGGCUGGGACUACCAGGGCCAGACUGGCCACGCCGAGAUCCUCACCUCGCCCAACUACUCCAAGAUUGGUUGCAGCAACAGGGAGGGUAUCUGGUGCUGCGAUCUCGCUUAA